UGAAAAUUUCUUUCGUCCUUCGUUUCCUUCCCUUUCCUUUCCUUCCUUUUGCUUGGCGGUGUUAAUUUCCUUCGAUUUCCAGAUUUCGGUUCUUUGACCAGGUGAACUCACCGGACGGUCCACAAGCUCUUCAAGCAUGUUCAGAUUCUGGGGUUCACAGGAUCAACAAGCUCAGCCUCAACAAGAUAGUGCUUCACAGUCGUGGUAUCCUUCCUCCGUUGUUAGCUCCCCGAGCUCAUCUCGCCCUGAAACACCUAGAACCACCUCAUCUUCUGGCAGCUUCAGUUCGCAAAGGCCUUUUGAAAGGCCGCAGUCUCCGGCACAUGUUUCGCCUACUGAAGCAGCCGGUAUUAUUGCUGUUCUAAAGGAUAAAAGUGUUGAUGAGUUGCGAAAGCUCUUGUCCGACAAGGAUGCUUACCAUCAGUUUUUGUUGUCCCUUGAUCAGGUCAAAAUUCAAAACAAUUUAAGAGAUGAACUCCGAAAGGAAACUCUGCAGCUAGCAAGAGAAAACUUGGAAAAGGAACCGCGCAUUAUGGAGCUCAGAAACCAGUGCAGAAUUAUCAGAACAACUGAAUUGGCCGCCGCUCAGGAGAAAUUGAAUGAGCUUGAGAGGCAAAAGGAAGAAACUUUAAAGCUCUGUUCCCCCGCUUCCCUUUUCCAAAGGCUUCACGGUGCGAUGAACGAGGCCGACGAAGAAUCUGAAAAACUGCACGAGCAGCUGCUUGAAAGGGAAAUCGACCUUGGAACUUUUGUGCAGAAACACAGAAAGCUACGUACCACUUACCACAAGAGAGCUCUCAUUCAUAUUGCAGCUAGAACGAAUAUGGUUACUUAAAACUGAUUGUAAUUGAAAAGCUCGUGCUUUUGAAUAUCUUGGGGUUUGCUUCUUGUUUCGAAACAUUGAACGGAAAUGAAUAUGUUAUAUUUCUUGUGGUCUGUUUCUGUCAAA